AUGGCGCCUCCAACCUUUCCCCCGGUUCCCAGGUCGCUCUUCUAUCCGCGCCGGCCCAAAACGCGCGAUAACGAAACCGCCUUCCGCCUCGAGGCCCUUGGAGCUAGCCGCCACACGACCUACGCCCAGCACCUGUGGGGAUUCACCAUCCUACGGACAGUCUACACGCCCGAAUCGGACGCUCUAUUCCCCAUCGCCAUGCGACGGCUGGACGCGUGGGCACGCUAUAGCCCCCACCAGGGCAGAUUCCCGAAAUAUGGACAGGCGUAUGAAAGCAAGGCCGUGACCGACGGGGAGCCCAACGAGGAAUUGGCAAAGAGGUUCUAUUGCGACGUGAUAGAGGACAAGGACAGGCUUGCGGGGACUCAAUCGGACGCCGAGGGUUUCGCUAAGCUCAGGGACUACUUCCGGGAGUGGUUGGUUAGCGUGGGCGUGCAGCCAGACCUUCCGCCGAAUUAUAACGACGACGACGACGACGACGACGACGACACCGACGAUCCAGAUCUUGAUCCCGCCCUUGAGCCCAACGAGAGCCAUGACGACCCGAGAUUUCGCAGUGUCCUUGUGGUUGACGAGGAGUGCUUGCGUUCGCUGAUUGAGGAACUAGCUGAUGAGACGCCCCCGCUGAGGACGGCAGUGGAUAGAGAAGAAUGGCUCAAGUACCUGCGCAUGGGUAAGAAAGCGUGGCUUUGGAUGCUGGAUACGGGGUAUAUGACUCGAGACGAGAGUCAAUUUUCUCCUCCUGGAUUUCGAGGCUGGUUCAGGCUCGGUCCCACGGAGCUUCUCUGGGCCUGGUUCAAGAAAAAGAUGGGGUUCCGGGCGUCUGGUGGUAUGAUUACUGAGACGAACGUUAGCAGCAGCAGCAGUAUGGUGGAUGAAAAAUCAAUAUGUUAUGCACCGACCAAUCUUGGAAUCCGGCCAACUCGACGACGCUCCGCAAUCUGA